AUGCUGGCCCUAUCGCUACCACUGUCGUUGCUCUUCCUGCUCCCAUUCACGGCAGCUUCCUUCUACGACAAUCCGGAAUUCGAUGUGCCGUCUGAGUCGGGCACUCCGUUGGACGAGUUGAAGGCGAAAUGGGACACGGAUUGGGGAUUCACGGGGAUCUCGACCUUUGCGCACCUUCGACAUGUCAAGUGCCUGACGACGCCGUACGAGCCGUUUGAUAUUGGCAUUCUUGGAGCCCCUUUCGACACGGCGGUCAGCUAUCGUCCCGGUGCCCGGUUCGGACCCCGAGCGAUCCGCGCGGCGUCAGCGAGGCAGACCUCCUUCCGCGGCUUCAACCACCGUGCCGGCCUCAACCCAUACACGUCGUGGCCGGCGAUCCUCGACUGCGGCGACAUCCCGAUCACGCCGUUCGACAACGCGCUCGCGCUGCACCAGAUGACCAGCGCGUACCUGGAGCUAGUGUCGCGGCGACCGCUGUCGUACACGAACCCGCCGUCGCACAAACACCCGAAACUGAUCACGCUGGGCGGCGACCACAGCAUCGCGCUCCCGGCGCUGCGGGCGCUCGCAAAGAUCUACGGCCAGCCGAUCGCGGUGCUGCACUUCGACGCGCACCUGGACACGUGGCACCCGGGGUCGUACCCGUCGGCGUGGGCCAACACGCCGACGCAGGCGGACUUCACGCACGGCACCAUGUUCUGGAUCGCCAGCGAGGAAGGGCUGAUCGCCAACGGCUCGAGCGUGCACGCCGGGCUGCGCACGCGGCUGGGCGGCCUCGACUGGGCCGACUACGAGAACGACGAGAACCAGGGGUUUCUGCGCAUCGAGGCCGACGACAUCGAUGCCGUCGGCGUGGACGGCAUCAUCGAGGCAAUCAUGGCCCGCAUGGGCACCGAUAUCCCCGUCUAUCUGUCCGUCGACAUCGAUGUCAUUGAUCCCGGCCUCGCCCCGGGCACUGGAACCCCGGAACCCGGCGGCUGGACCACGCGCGAGUUGAUCGCCAUCCUGCGCGGCAUUGAGGGCUUGAAUCUCGUCGGCGCCGAUAUCGUCGAGGUCGCCCCCGCCUAUGAUGGGACCGGCGAGGCCACGGCCUUGGCCGGCGCCCAGGUCGCUUACGAGAUGCUCACGAGUAUGGUCAAGCGCGGCCUGGUGGAGAGGGGCGAGGACGUGGUUCUGCAGAAGCCCGGGAAACAUAUCUCUGCCGUGGUCAAGGCUGCAAAAGCGGCGAAGGCGAAAGCUGAGGCCGUCGCCAAAGAGGCCGCCGAGGCUGUGCGAGAUGAGCUGUAA